AUAUUAACAAAAUAUGAUCACUGGCCAUAUCGAAAGUACAAAUAUCAUAACCCUUUUUAUAAGCCCUCCAACAACAACGUUGAUAUAAAAUGAAUACACCACAUAUGUAAAAUGAAAGAAAAAUAAAGGAAACAGAUAAGGAAGGGAUCAUGGAGCAAAAGGGAGCACUUCAUGGAGUUUCACUCCCGGUUCCAAAUGUACAAGAACUAGCUAAGGAACCGCUUACGAGGGUUCCAUCACGGUAUAUUCGCCCCAAUCAAGACUCUCCGAUCAUAUCAUCCCUGCCGUCUUCAAGGCCUCAAGUACCAGUCAUUGAUAUGGAGCGCUUAUCAUCUCAAGAUUAUGUUCACUUGGAAGUCGAAAAACUACACCUCGCUUGUAGAGAGUGGGGCUUCUUUCAGUUGAUAAAUCACGGGGUGAGUUGUUCAUUGCUGGAGAAACUAAAGGAAGAAACACAGGAAUUCUUUAAUUUGCCGUUAGAGGAGAAACAAAAGUAUGGACAAAAGCCGGGAGAUCUUGAAGGAUUUGGACAAGCUUUUGUUGUUUCAGAGGAGCAAAAGCUAGACUGGUCUGACAUGUUUGGCAUCGUCACACUUCCUUCUCAUCUUCGAAAGCCACACUUGUUACCUAAGCUAUCUCACCCAUUCAGACAAGCCAUAGAAGAAUACUCAAAAGAAGUUGAGAAGGUAGCCUUAAAAACACUAGUUUUCAUGGGAAAAGCUUUGAAGAUGGAGGAUGAAGAAAUGAAAGUAUUGUUCUCCGAUGGACUCCAAACGAUUAGAAUGAAUUACUAUCCUCCAUGUCCACAGCCCGAACAAAUCAUAGGCUUUGCUCCUCAUGCUGAUGGUAGCGGGGUCACUUUCCUUCUUCAAGUGGAUCAAGUAGAAGGUCUCCAAAUAAAAAAAGAUGGUGUUUGGAUCCCGGUUAUACCACAUCCCAACGCUUUCAUUGUUAAUAUCGGUGACGUCAUACAGAUUGUAUCCAAUGGAGAAUACAAAAGCAUUGAGCAUCGGGCAGUCGUGAACGCAGAGAAAGAAAGGAUAUCCAUUGCCACAUUUAUAAGCCCGAAUUUGGGUAUGGAGAUAGGACCCUCGCUAAGCCUCGUUACUCCUGAGACACCGGCAAGGUUUACAAGGAUAGGUUUUGGUGAUUUCUUGAAAAACUACUUAUCUAGGGAACUUAAAAGCAAAAGUAACAUUGACCAAUACUACAUAUAACGUUUGUGUACCAAUUAAGUGUGCAAUACAUUAUGAAGCUACUUGUACUAUAUUAAAUUACACGUUGUGUUAAGUUUAUAUCAGAAACUAUCACUGUUAAUCUA